AUAAGAAAAUUCAUAUAUAAACUUUUGCAGUAGUAUUGAAUAUAGUAUCUGAUAAAGUCUUCUCUACGUUGUCGGUUCGGUUUAAUUAUUAUUUUAAUUGUAUGUCUUUGAUCGUAAAGACAAAUUUCCCCCGAAUUGGAGAUUAAAAGCAAAAUUGUUUGUUUUGUCCAAUGUUUUUCUUGAUUUGUCAAAAGUGAUAUGCAAAGAGAAAAAUACAAAGUAAGCUUAAAAUGUAUUAAUUUGAGAUAGCAUUCGCAAUGUUACGGAGCCGAGUGAGUCGUGGGAGUCACACAUGGGUUGAAAACCUCAAUAUCGAAAGGUGAGAAAAAAAUAUAGUGAGUGUAUUCACACAACCCCCCCGGAGGGAAGAGAAGAGUAGUGUUGUUUCAAGUAUACGUAGAAAUCUCGGGUUUAUCUACCUGCUUCUAAAACCAAGAUGGCAUCUACAAGUCAAGCCGCGAAUUCACCAGGAGUUUCUGCCGCGACGACGACAACAUCGUCAAAAUCUCAAUCGCCACCAGUCAUAAAUUCCCAACUUGGCGAUGGUAAUCGAGGCAAUAAUUUUGAACCUCUCGAUAAAAGUUCAUCAAACACGCUCAAGCGCAAUCCAAAAAUGGAGUUGAGCAAAACAGAUUUGGUCGAGUUAUUAGGAUAUUUAGAAGGUGAACUUCAAGCACGAGAUAUUGUUAUAGCAGCGCUAAAAUCGGAGAAAAUGAAACACCUAUUGAGCUCACGAUAUCGCAGCGGUACCUCUGAUCCUCAUUCAGCUCUCGCCAGAGAUGUAGCUAUUGUCGGUGGAACAAUUGGACCCCAAGGAAGUCAAGUCGAUCAACAAACUGCAAGCUUAGAAGCUCUAAUUACACAACAACGACGAAUGCAGUGUCGCAUGGCUAAAGUUCUUAAAGAAGCUGAAAUUAGACAUCGAGCAGUAAUCAAAGAAUUGGAGGAAGAAAAACGAAAGCACGAGCACGAUACAGCGCAAGGUGAUGACAUCACUUAUGGACUGGAGAAAGAGAGGACACGUUUAAAAAAAGAAUUAGAAUUAGAGAAGCUCGAUAAAAAACGAGUAGAGCAAGAUAUGAAAAAGUUGAAUGACACUUUAGAUGAGGAGAAGAGUCGACAGAAGCAAAUAGUACUUUUAUUGCUCGCCGAAAGAAAGAAGAUAAUAAUGAAAUAUAUUGAGGAAAGAAAAAGAUCUGAGGAUUUGGCGCAAAUUUUAAGCGAGGAGAAGGUUCGUAUUGAUUCAAUGGCCGAGGGCCUCGAGGAGGAGAGUAAAAAAUCUCUUCAAAUGGAAGCCGAAUUAGAGAAGCAACUUGCACAAUUCGAUAUCGAGAGACAACAGUACAGACAGGCAUUGACGAAAGAGGAGAAAAAAGUCAAGGAUCUCGAAGCUGAAUUAGAGAAGCUUAAAGGGGAAAUGGAAACUACUGGUAAGGAGUCGCAGACACGUGGCCCCAUUCGUGGUGUGGGUGCAACUCCUCCGCCACCACCGGCGAAACCCGCAAAUUUAACAGCUUUGCCAACUCUUAAACCUGUUAAUGCGCCCCAAACCAUCAAGGGAGCCGUUUUAGGCACGGGUACUCCAAUGGUGAGCAGUAAAGUUGUUCAGCCAACGGCUACAGUUUCUAGUGUUCCAGUCAGUGGUCCCACUACAGGAAUAGCCAGAUCUGUAACUCCUGGACAAGCGAUAAGAGGAACUGCAUUUACACCAAGUAAUCCUGCGUCAACUGCUGAAGCGCCACCGACAACUGAGGCUCAGGCAGUACACAAACGACCAGUUGUCCCAGCUCCUGCAAAUUCUGGUGCAGUCGGAAAAGUUGUCGCUCCUUCAACACAAACACCGGGAAAAUUGCCAACGUACAGUGCAAAUGCAACAGCAGCAGCAGCUUCUUCUUCUCCAACACCGGGAAUAUUGCCAGUUAAGAAACCGACAGUUUCACGUGGAGUGCCACCGCCAGUUCCACCAAAUAAACCAGUGGUACCGCCGAAAAAGGAAGCCGCAUAUCUUCGAAGAACCGAAUCCUCACAAUUGGCCACUGAUAAAUUUAUAAAACCAGUUGCUAUCAACGCUGCCGCUACUAAUCUUCAAACUCAACAACCAAUCGCAGUGUCGACGCACUCCACCGAAGAAGAGGUCAGUAACGCUAUUUAAAUUAUCCAUAAAAUUGUUAUUGUAAAAUCCUCGUCUAGAAUUCGUUUUUUCUCAAAUAAUAGAAAUAACAUCAAAAUAGAGGAAAAUUACAAAAAAAAAGAAAGAAUUUUACAAAAAGAAAUUGACGAAAAAGAAAAAAGUUGUAGAACUUUAAGAGAAAGUUAAGGAAAAGUCGAGAAAAGACUUUCGAGAAGUUCAUGAAAUUUUUACUCUCGUAAAUAUUUUUUAUUACGAGAAUUCCUUACGAGAAUUAUUAUAAUAAUGUGAUUAUAUCAAUUACUUUUAUACAAGAAUUCGAAAUUUAUAACACAAAAUUACAAGAAUUUAAAAAUCGAAUAUUCGAGUCGAAACAGUUUUCGAAAAUAAUUAUUUUAUUUUUUGUCUUCUUCUUAAAU